AUGUUGGUCGAGAAGCUGCUCCUGAUGGAUGUUCCAGGGCUGGCCUUCCUGGAGGUGCCGAUCAUGCCGAUCGGGUACCUGCUGCUCUCGACGUUCUGGAUCUUCGUGAAGGUGCUGGUGCCGACCAUCGUGGUGAAGAUCUUCGAGGAAGUGAUGGGGCUGACCGUCGUGGAGGUGCUGGAGUCGACAAUCUUGGUGACGACCUUCGCGCUGGUGCCGACCUUCAUGGAGACGCUCUUCAUGGAGAAAACCGCUGUGGAGAAGCAGGUGCCGACCGUCGUGGAAAAGAUCUUCGUGGAGGUGCUGGAGCUGGCCGUCGUGAAGGUGCCGGAGCCGACCUUCGGGGAGUCGACCUUCGUGCUGGUGCCGACCGUUGUGGAGUCGAUCUUCCCGGAGACGACCGUCGUGGAGGUGCUGGUGCCGAGAGUCGUGGCGACGACGACCUUCGGGCUGGUGCCGACCAUCUUUGGGAAGUUCUUCGUGGAGGUGCUGGAGCCGACUGUCGUGGCGAUUCUGGAGCCGCCGUCUGCGGAGACGACCUUCGCGCUGGUGACGACUGUCGUGGAGAAGGUCUUCGCGAAGACGACCGCGACCUUCGUGGAGAUGACCUUCGUGGAGUUGACCUUGAACGUGCUUGUGGCCCCGCCCAGCUGCCAGCCGACAAUAAUUUUAGAGUCCCUCCGGAGGGCGAUGGCCUUCGCGCUGAGUCUUGCGGCUGGCGUGAUGGCCACCAUCUCCGCAGAGAUGCUCUGGCCCCACUGGCACGAGAUGCUGUCGCCCCAGGACGACCACGGCCACGACCACGAUCACGACCACCAGGGGGGCGCCGGAACGUGGUGGCUCCGGCCGGCGCUCUUCUUCGGCGGUGCCUUGGUGACGCUUCUGCUCUGCAAGUGCGGGGACGCGGCCGUCGUCGCCUACAUCCGGAGGUCGGCGCCGCCCGACGGCGACGCGGACGCGCCAGCGAAUGCCACAGGGCCGCCAGAGCAGGCCGCGGGCACGCCGAAGGACGCGUCCAGGCCCGAGGCGCACGGCAAGUGGCGCCUCGCGGUGCUGCUUUUCGCUUCGCUCACGCUGCACAAUUUCCCAGAGGGCCUCGCCGUGGCCGUGUCCGCGCUCUCCGGCGUAAGGCUCGGUGCCGCCGUCUGCAUCGCCGUGGCCUUCCACAACAUCCCAGAGGGCAUCGCGAUCGCAGUCUCCACCUACGACGCCACUGGCUCCCGUGCCCGUGCGGUGCUGGUGAGCCUGGCCUCGGGGCUCUCCGAGCCGCUGGGGGCGCUGUGCGCCGUGGCGCUGCUGCAGCAGGGCGGCGCCACGCCCGCUCUCCUGGACGGGCUGCUGACCGCGGUGGCGGGCGUGAUGUGCUACGUCGCGCUGGCUGAGCUGCUGCCCGAGGCUGUGGAGACGCGCUGCUGGGCGUCCAUCUGCCUCGGCUUCCUGUCGGGCGCCGCGGUGAUGGUCUUGACACACCACAUUCUGGACAUGGCAUUCGAGACGGAGGCUCACUGA